AUGGCCAUCAACGUUUGGAAGGAUAACCUGGUCGAGCAGGUGGACGUCAUCCUUCGCCUUCGUGGCUCCUUUCCUUACGUUGCAAUCGAUACCGAGUUCCCGGGGUUCAUUCGCUCCACCCCUCGCCAUGCCUCCGAAGAAGAGAGAUACGAUGACAUGAAGUACAACGUCGACCAUAUGCGACUGAUCCAGCUCGGCCUCACCUUAUUCGACAAAGAUGGCAACACCCCGUGGCCGGGGUGCUGCUGGCAGUUCAAUUUUUCGGAUUUCGAUCCAGAUACAGAUGCUUGCUCCGAGGACUCCAUCGAGUUGCUACUGCACAGCGGCCACAACCUCCAGAAAAACCAACGGGACGGCGUCGAUGCAUACCGAUGCUCCUAUCUGCUGUGCGUGAAGCUCUUCCGCCAUCCCCACAAGUCCAAGUAUAUUACGUUUCAUGGACUCUACGACGUGGCUUUUCUGAUACAGAUGAUCACCCGAGCCCCAUUACCCAACACCUUGAACGAGUUCCUGGUUUUAACAAGGAGCGUCUUCGGUGAUGAUCUUUACGAUAUCAAAUACAUCUCUAGGUUUUGCGAAGGACUGCACGAGGGAAAGGCUGGUUUGUUGACACUAUCAAAGUUGCUGGAAUUGGAACCAGUAGGGAUCCGUCACCAAGCAGCAUAUGACAGUCUACUGAUCAGGGCAAUCUUCAACAAGAUGAAACAGCUAUGGUUUGAUAUCGAGGACGAGAGAUUUGUAUCGGUCCUCUAUGGUUUAGAGAACAACUGCAUGAAAAGUAAGAAGAGGAAGUCGAGUACAGUAGCAGUAGCAGCAAGCAGUCCUCCACAAGUGCAACCAUUUCAACCUUAUAGAGGUCUUCUGGCUUCACCCUUCCAAGCUCACUGA